UUAUAUGCAUUUAUUCCCAAAACGACGUCGUUUUGGUAUUGAAAUCUUAAAAAAUAAAUAUAAAGACUAUUAUAAUCCUGAAAUAAAUUAAAAUUACAAAAAUAUCAUGAUAUAUUUGAACUGGCCGGUUCAGAUCCAUUUUUAUAAGAGUAACUCAGAGGCGGUUAUCACUUACCAGACCCUAACUAGUCACGUGAUCCGUGAAGACACCUUCCCUACGUUUUCCCCGUAUCAAUCUUUCUUCGCCGUAGGGUUAAUUAAACACUUGCAUUGCAUUCAUUCCCUUCUUAGAAAAUGGGAACAGCGCUUCCACGAUUGCCUUCAAACUGGGCUACGCCAUGAUGCGUUGUCCCGCACCAAAUCUUCCGUCAGAUCACAAAGAAACUCUAACCCUAAACACACUCGCCGGCGAAAGCGGAGUCCGGUGGCCGUUCACAGGAGUUUCCAAGACUGCUAUCGUAGCUGGUGCGGCGGUGAUAAUUCCGGCAUGGUGGUGAAAUCCCCCGGCGCGAACCUCGUCAUGGGACAGGUCAAGAUCCUCAAGAGAGGCGAGAAGUUGAGCCCCGACGAUGGACUCGCGCAGAAGAAGAGCGAGGAAGGUUUCGAUUUGGUUUUGGGAUCCACGGAUCGGCUGGGUCCGGACCCGGAAACUGUGAAGAAGCAAGUUAGGGUUCCGGAUUUGAAGGACGGUAUUUAUGGCGGAUCAGGUUCCGUGGCAUCGCCGCCUCCGAGCUCCGUUCCGGUCCCCGGAUUCCUCGGGAAGAACAAAGGCGUUCCCACCAGUGAUUUGAAACGUUUGCUACGGCUUAAUUUGGUGUGACGAUGAUGGAAUAGUUGAUUAGGGUUUUUGAAUUUCGGUGUUGAUGAGGAUGAUGGAUUGCAUUAGAGAAGUGAAGAGUGGUUUGGUACUUUCUUCCUGCACAGAUUGUUUGAUUUGAUUUGAUGGAGUUGUCUCGACGAGCUUCCUUUGUUUUUUUCAAGAGGAUGGCCGUUGCGCGCGAGCGAAUGAAGAAAACCCUGAACGGAGGGGUUUUAAGUUAUGUUAGUGAGUGCAUUUGUUGAAGGGUUGAAGAAGGUUGAGACUAGAAUCUCUUUUUCUCUUGGAAAUUCCUCUAGUCUGAUUGGUAUACUAAGUUAGUCUAGUAUUUAACUUAAGAGUGUGCGUUUUUGUUUUAUAUAGGGUUUAGAUUUUCAUAUUGGAAGAAUAAGGAAGUUUGUUGUUUGUCUUAGUAGUGUCAUACUCAUGCUGAUGUAGUUCUGAUAUUUAAUAUAAUAAUGUAUUAGUACUAUUAGUAGUGCUAUACCCUCCCUCUCUUUUAAUCAAGAAAAGGAACG